AUGUUCGGUGAUAAGCAUCAGUUCAUUGGAUUUCUUCUCACCUCACUGUCAAUUGGUGAAAUCAUCUUCGCAUGUUUAUUGACAUCGAUCGUUUUGGUUUUGAUUAUGUUUCAUUUAUUCUAUAAUCGAAUCGAACAAGACGAUCGAGUUAUACUUAUUCUCUCGAUAAAUAUCUAUCUGUCUUGUUUGAUCUACAUGCUUUUAUUUUUUAUAUUCCUUCUCCGAUCCGCAUUAGGUGAUAUCUAUCAUAUUGAAUUCGAUACCAUAGGAUGCGCUUUUAUCGGAUACAUAUACGCUGUUAGUCUUUGUGUUUUAUAUCUUUCAUUUACCAAUCAAGCUUUCUUUCGUCUUUGUCGUAUUGUUUAUCCACAAUAUAAAUGUUUGCAAACUUCGAAUUUAUACAUUCUCAUCGUCCCUAUACAAGCCAUUUUUGCUUCAAUACUUCUGCUACCUAUUUAUAUUUGGAACGAUAUCGUUUAUCUACCGAAUGAUCAUUUUUGUUUUGUACCAAUUUCGAACGUUCGAGGCUAUCUUUGGAUAUUCUUGAGCGUUUAUGGUAUUCCUGUUGUUUCAUUGUUGUUGAUAUAUAUUCGCAUAACGAUUUACAUUCGUCAACAGUCCAAUCAACCAAUUCGUAUAAAACGAAGACAAAAACGAGACCUAAAUGCCAUUCGCGGGAUAUUCCUUCUCGUUGGCUUUCUUUUAUUUCUGGGAAUUCCAACGCUCAUCUUAAUGAUCAUCAUGUUCAUUACCGGUGAUGAACAUCCAUUAACGUUUCGUGUGACGUGUUUAUCAAUAGGUACAUCGAUGGUAGGACUCAGUGUAGCUAUGAUAACUUCGAUUCCACAAUUGAAAACUAUCGUUUGGAAAGGCUCUCAAUCAGCGUAA